GCUUGCUAUAAAGCUGUAUGCAGGGAAACUAAAGUUCACUGUGUUUCAAGAUCGAGCUGAUUUAAGGCGAUUUACCUAGCGGUAAACGCAAAACGAGGUGUUCUGCAAAACGCCAAAAAUAGGGGGCUGUUUACAAAAAUCCCACUACACGGCCACAAAUUGACCGGUGAGGAUUGUAUGCGCUACUGUGCAGUAGCGGACAUUGACGGGCCGGCCCGGCACCUCCUUGGGCCGUGCUUGGGCUGAGGCCUUGGCACGUGGGCCGGAACGGCACGGCCCGCUACAGUUACCACCAGCGGGCCCGUGCCGUGCUGGGCCGGGCCGCCCAUUUGGCCUGCUAUAGGCCAUGAAUUCACCGCUCUCCAGUCUCCAGUGCUCUCGAGUCUCGACGCUCGCCUCUGAUCCCCUCCCCCUUCGAUCGAGCCGUCGAUCUCGCCGCCGCCGCCGCCGCCGCCGCCGCCUCCGAUGUCCUCGCCGGAGCAGCCGGUCGACCCUACCUCGCUCUAUACGGAGAAUAUUUUGCCACCCGACGAGCUCCUGGAGGAGAUCCUCCUCCGCGUCGGCUCGCCCGCCGACCUCGCGCGGGUCUCCACCGCCUGCGCCGCCUUCCGCCGCAUCGUCACCAGCCGCUCCUUCCUCCGCUGAUUCCGCUCCUUCCACCACCCGCCUCCCCUGCUGGGGCUACUCUGCGACGACUUCUACCCGGCCGACCCCGCCGCCGCCGCCCGAGCCCUCGCCCAUGCCGCCGACUUCACCUUCUCGUUCCUCCCUACCCCUGACCACUGGUGGCGCUGGAUGCCCCUGGACUGGCGGGACGGCCGAGUCCUCGCCGCCCUCGUCCCCAUGACCAAGAUCAUCACCCACGAAGGCGACGAAGGGGAGUUCGUUCCGUUCCCCAGGAGGGACGACGUCACGGACCUCGCCGUCUGCGACCCCAUAUCCAGGCGUUACGUCAUCAUCCCCGCGAUCCCCGGCGACCUAAUAACCUCCGGUGAGCAGCGAGAUUGCCUGUUCGAUUUCAACGCCUUCCUCGCUCCCGCCACCGAAGAGGAGAUGGCGGAUUCGUCGUUCAGGGUGGUGGCUACAGCGCAGUGCAAAAGCAAGUUGUUUGUGUUCGUCUUCUCUUCACGCUCCGAAGAAUGGCGUAAGCUUUCAAUUCGACAGUGGGAGCAUCUUCGCCGCGGAUGUGAACUCGUCGGUGCUGGUUCAGGCAGAUUUCUUCUUGGCCCCGCGCUACUAUGCACAUUGCCGCUUGUACUGGGUGCUGAAGGAGAUGGACAAGUUGCUCGUUCUUGACACUUGUGAGAUGGUGUUCUUCACCAUUGACCUCGAGAGGGAUGAACACAUGUCAAACAUUGCCAUUCUGGAGGAGGCAGAGGAAGAUAUGGUUGGAGUUUUCUCUCUCAGGACAGACUUAGGCUUCACUACAAGAACUCAGCUCUGUUAUACAAUUAGGCAAGUCGAAGCUGAUGCUGCCAAUGGGCCACCAUUGAAUUUUGACAAAAUAAUCCCCUUGCCCUUGCCCAUGGAGUAUAUGUUUCGCAUCAUAGAUGCAGCUGACGGAUACUUGCUCUUGGAAGGGAGGCUACUGGACUGGUUCGAAUGCUCUUUGAAGGAGGGCAGGCCAGAUACAUUAUAUUUCUCACUGGAGCCCAAAACAUUGGUUCUCAAGAGGAUUUGCGUGUUGGAACGUCCAAUUACCGCUGCAAAGAUAUAUACCGGUUUUCCGCCAUCCUUAUCACCGUCAAGUCUAUGAAUAUGGCUUUUUGGCAUGAUGAUAGGGACAUCGAAAGGGGACAGAGCAGCACUGGUUAUCAAUAUUGCUCUCAUUGCUCAGGAACGCCGUUGACUACAUCAAGCUACAACUGAUAGUGGUGGCAUCUAUGUAAUUUUUCAACAGUAAUCUAGUUUGUUUCUGUAGUAUUGUUCCACUUUUAAGUUUUAGCCCUUAUGAUGAUGCAUUCUUGGCUAUUUGGUUGCAAGUCAGGAGGCUCUUUCUGAUGUAAGCUGUAUUAUACUUGACUAGUGGCUAGUGGAGCUUUGCAGGUUUGUCCAAUAGAAUCUGGUAAAAAUUUCUGAUGAAAGUUGAUGGAAUCUGUUAGUGCAGUUUAUAAGCAGUUUUUCUCUAA